AUGUCAACGACGGCGCUCGAACCGGAGCUGAGCCACCCCCGGCCAAAGUCUCAGCGCAUCCUCGCCUGCAUCCUCUGCCAGCAGCGCAAGGUCAAGUGUGACCGCCACUUCCCCUGUGCAAACUGCGUCAGGCACCAGGUCCAGUGUGUCCCGGCGACGCAGACCCGCCCCCGGAGGAGAAGGUUUCCCGAGCGGGAGCUGCUGGACAGGCUCCGGAAGUACGAGGACCUUCUCCGCCAGAACAAGGUCAAGUUCGAGCCGCUUCACAAGGAUCCAGGUUCUGGAGAGCAGGAGUCUCCUGAAGGUAGCUAUGGUUCGGAUCAUGAGCAGCCAGUAGCUGCGGGAGUGGAUACGCCAUCUCCUUCGACCACCAAGUCUGAGAGCACAUACGAAGCCAAAAACAUAUGGCACGCCAUGGCCCAAGGGUCCCGAGACCCAACUCACGAUGUGCGAGAGGUCAUCUUCCGAAACGCCUGGGAUCAGACCUUCAGCAACGACGAUAACAUUCUCUUUGGCUCACGCCAAUCAUCAGUCGACCUUUCUACUCUCCACCCGGAACCUGUCCACAUCUUCAGACUGUGGCAGGCUUACCUCGACAACGUCAACCCGCUGCUCAAGGUUACUCACACUCCGAGCCUCCAGGGCCGCAUCAUCGAAGCCGCCAGUAACCUGAAAAACGUGAGCCCGACUAUGGAAGCGCUCAUGUUUGGUAUAUACUGCAUGGCAACCUUGAGUCUCGCUCCCGAAGACUGCCAAGCUCACUUCCGACUGUCAAAACAGGAUCUGUUGACCAAGUUCCAGUUUGGCUGCCAGCAGGCUCUUCUGAACAGCGCCUUCUUGAGGACUGAAGACCGGGACUGUCUGACAGCUCUGUUCCUUUACCUGCAUUCAAGCCGCUCUGGCGCCCACCCUCGAUCCGUCUCCACGAUGCUGGCGGUCGCAAUACGUAUCGCCGAGCGGAUGGGUAUCCAAACGGAAGCCAUCAAUGCAAAAUACGCCGUCCUCGAAGCUGAAAUGCGCCGGAGACUCUGGUGGUCGCUCAUGCUCUUCGAUGCCCGCAUGAGCGGCUUGAGUGAUCACAAGCCCAUGAUACUGGCGCCGACAUGGGACUGCGCCAUCCCCCUCAACGUAAGCGACUCUGAUCUACGCGAAGAGACGAAGGAACCACCGCCAGCUCGUACGGGAGUCAGUGAGGCUCUCUUUGCUGUGGUACGGAGCGAGCUCGGCCAGUUCAUUCGCCAUACUCGUUUUCACCUCGACUUUACAAAUCCAGCUCUCAAGCCCAUCGCCAAGGAGCUUCCGGACAGCGGGAACCUGGACGCCUUGGAGAGGAUGGUUGAGCAGAAUUAUCUCAAAUUUUGUGACCCGGAGAAUGGGCUUCAGUACAUGACGAUAUGGACCACGAGAGCCCAACUGUCCAACUGCCGCCUACUGGAGAAUUACUCAAGACACCUCGACCCGACCGACAGCCAAGAUGGAGGAGCAGGCAGUCCCGCCAUUUCCCACGCCUUGCGGUGGCUCGAGUGCGAUACAAAGCUUGCGAGCUCACCCCUCACAAAGGGAUACAUCUGGUUCAUCCAGCUAUACUUUCCAUUCCCUGCCUACAUCCGCAUCGCCCAAGACUUGAAAUCUCAUCCUCUCGGCAGUGAGGCCGAGCACGCCUGGGAGGUCAUGAGCGACAACUACGAUGCUCGCUUUGGUAUUGAAGUUGGAGUGUACAACCCCGUCUUUAUCCCUUUUAGCAACUUUAUCCUUCAUGCCUGGGGCAUGUCUGAGGAAGCUUGCAAGCAAUCGGGGCAGCCGGUGAAUCUACCCAGGAUUAUCACUCGUAUCAGGCAGACCUUGGCGGCGAUGAAUCAGAAUGCCAACAGCGAGCCAGACACGGCGAGCGUGGACGAUGAGGGCCUAUCAAUGCACGCACCGGUGGGGUUUGGUGACCCUAGUGUGCUGUUUGGUAUGGGGCCAGGUGGCUACGUAGGAGCCAACAUGAGCAUGUACAAUAAUAUGCGUGGGCAGCCUCCGUUUGCGGUUGAUGCGCAUCACUUUGGUUGGACUUCGAUGGACUGGAGUCUUGGGGGACGGCGAGGUUGGUAA